UCCCCAAUAUGGCGGACGGAAAAGUAUUGCUGCUCACGCCCUGGGUUUGGUUUUUGUUUGCGCAUGCCUAAUACCGUGGGUGGACCUGACACCGUUUCCUCUGUCAGGGCCGCGUUUGAGAAGACAGUGAGAGGAGGCCUUCCCUUCCCCCCCAAAUAACCGAAGCGAACCGGGGACGUAGUGCGCUGUGCCUCAUAAAUCAGUGCACCACCUAUUAACGCCAAAGAGGGCUGUCAUUGCUUCUAAUUUCUUCUAUUGAUUCCUGAUAGGGACAUCUCUCUACUUCAUAAAUCCGAGUGCCUUUACUACUAUAACUGGCUGCUCCUUCCAUUCUCAUCUCAAACAUCCACUGCUUCAGUAGCCAACGCUCUGUUUGCACCGUGUAAUUUGCAGUUGCCCUUUAUACACUCUAAUUAUCCCUCGCCCCAUUCAUAUCACAGCUGUCUUCCUUUAAAUACCUUCUGCACCUCCCCCAUUUAAGUCGGUCCCCUAACAUAGUCCUAUGUUGUAGCUUGCAUCCCACCUACCCACCCUCCCUUCUCUCUGCCUCCCCAUCUGAACCUCCUCUCCAAACCUCUGCGACUUCCCCUCUAUGGAAAGCACCGGACCUUGCCACCUCCAGUGAUGCCUACAGUGGGUUUCAGUUGUGCUUCAAACUACUGAGUCAAUAAUGUUCUGUUGAAACAGCCAGAUGAAUUGCCCUGUAUUCCUAACAAUGGCAGUUAAACAAAAAUGCCAGCACUGGUGACUUUUUCUUUUCGGAGGUGCUGUCAAGCAGGAAUCAAGUAAAAAAGACUGGGGGUCAUAGGCCUGAAGCAUGACAGAAUUGCUGGUUUGUGAGAGCAGCAGUUUUACACAUGUCCAUGCAGGCAAAAGUCACUGAACAUUCUUCAGAUUUCAAGUCUGAUGAUACUGUGUGGAUAUUUUUCUCUCUGAGACUUUACAGUAUAUAUUGCCCCAACAUGUCGGUGGUACAGGCCCCUUGGCAGGCUGGAAUUGAAUGCAUUGCUAACUAUGACUUCCAAGGAAAGGCUGAGCAGGACCUUGAUUUUAGUAAAGGUGAAGUGCUGACCAUUGUGGCUGUGACAAAGGAUCCCAAUUGGUACAAGGCAAAGAACAAAGUGGGGAGAGUGGGCUUUAUUCCUGCAAACUAUGUCCAGAAGAGAGAAGGAGUGAAAUCUGGAACCAAACUCAGCCUUAUGCCAUGGUUUCAUGGCAAGAUAACCCGAGAGCAGGCUGAACUUCUCCUAUGUCCUCCCGAGACAGGCUUGUUCCUUGUGCGGGAGAGUACAAACUAUCCUGGAGAUUAUACUCUAUGUGUGAGUUGUGAAGGGAAAGUGGAGCAUUACCGCAUUAUCUAUUCUUCUGGCAAGCUGAGCAUUGACGAAGAGGAAUACUUUGAAAAUCUCAUGCAACUGGUGGAGCACUAUACCAAUGAUGCAGAUGGUCUGUGCACAAACUUGAUAAAGCCCAAGUUGAUGGAGGGAACAGUAGCCGCUCAGGAUGAAUUCUCCCGGAGUGGCUGGGCCCUCAAGAUGAGAGAUCUUAAACUGCAGCACACCAUUGGCAAGGGAGAAUUUGGAGAUGUCAUGCUUGGAGAACAUCAAGGAGUGAAAGUAGCUGUGAAAUGUAUCAAGAACGAUGCCACAGCACAAGCAUUUAUAGCGGAAGCGAUGGUGAUGACGCAAUUGCAACAUAAAAAUCUCGUACAGUUGUUGGGAGUGAUCGUUGAAGAUAAAAGUGGGUUGUUUAUCGUCACAGAAUUCAUGGCAAAGGGAAGCCUAGUGGAUUAUUUGAGGUCUCGGGGAAGGUCCGUGCUAGGUGGCGAAUGUCUACUAAAGUUCUCACUGGAUGUAUCAGAAGGCAUGGAAUAUCUUGAAAGUAAUAACUUUGUACACAGAGAUUUAGCCGCACGCAAUGUAUUGGUAUCAGAAGAGAAUAUUGCUAAAGUCAGUGACUUUGGACUCACCAAGGAAGCAUCUGCCAUACAGGACACAAGCAAACUGCCUGUUAAGUGGACAGCACCAGAAGCAUUGCGGGAAAAGCUCUUUUCAACCAAGUCUGAUGUUUGGAGUUUUGGAAUUCUAUUAUGGGAAAUUUAUUCCUUUGGGCGAGUGCCUUAUCCUCGCAUUGCCCUCAAAGAAGUGGUACCAAAGGUGGAGAAUGGGUAUAAAAUGGAUGCACCCGAUGGUUGUCCUCCAGUUGUGUAUGAUUUGAUGAAGCAGUGUUGGCAUCUGGACCCAAAACAGCGACCCACUUUUAGGAAUCUGCGAGAACAGCUAGAGCAUAUCAAAGCCAAGGAACUGUAUCACUGAAGCAUCGGCAAGGCUAGGGGUCCUCUGUCACUACAGAGCCAUUCCUUGGCCUAAGAGACAGACUCCACAAUAUCAGGAAUAUGAGAUAUAACACCAGAAAGUAAUAAUUAUUAUUGGGCUCCUUGACCUACAUGUUUUGCACUAGUUACCAACUUAGUGCUGGUCUGUGGAAGGAUGCCGAUAUUUUCUUACAUUGAUUUUUGCCAAAUCUCAAUUUCUCCCUCUCCUGUUAUAAUUGCCUGUUUUGAGUGGGCCUGAGAGACUUCAUGAAGAUCAGCCGAGAACUGCGAAUUGAAAAAUAUUGCAUUGGCUUUGGACACAAUGUGUGGCAAACUAAACAAUCCAGUCUAGUUCCGUUUUCAGUGGAACAGAUAAGGAUACAUAUUACAGACUGGAAAAAUCACUUCUGUAUCGUGUCUGCCUUAUUUAAUACAGUUUAUUUUAACCAAUAUACAGAGCUGACUAUGAGAAGAGAUUUCGGCUGUGAAACUGGGCAUGAUGACACAGUACAUGGUGACUUCUCACGUUCUCAAUCUCACAAUUGCCUACCUUUUUACACACAUGCUGCUGACUUUAUUUCAACAGCAUGGUGUAUCCUCAAGAAUAGACAAAUGGCCUCCCAACCUGAGAAUGUAACUACUGUAUUAUAUACAGAUCCUUUUCUAUCCCAAUACCCUCUGUAGGCUCAUGUUCACCCUUGUCCAUUAAAGAAAUUCAAUUUACAGAAUGAAGAAGAAAAUGAAUGCAGACAUUUCUACUUUCUACAGCAUUUAAAUUCAAUUUUACAUUUCAAAUAAUUUCCAGUGCUAGCAGGACAAAGGGUUUGUCGCCGUUGCUUGACAGUCCUGGUAUCACUAGUAAUUGUUACCUGGUCUGCAGGUUUUGUAUGCUUUGCUUCUAAAUCAUAUUGGACAUUCCCUCAAACUACAGGUUAUUCUCUCAGCUCUCCUGGUUGAUGUGACAUUUUUGAGGUGGAUAGUGAAUUCCACAGCCUUUUUUUUUAUUGGCAGGCUCCAAUAAAUAUUGAGUGUGUUAUUUUGCAAGUGCUACAAUCUAAACAUGUGCAUUUACAAGUCAGGACACGUACAUUUGUGUAACCUCAGAGUUUGGUUCUGUUAGAUCCAAAUAACACUUCAGUUUAUUUCUUCUCAGCCCCAAUAGCUCCUGCAGCAAGAGAGUCUGAAUGGUCUCAGUGAUCCUGCCUUCAUACAUCUGAAAGUUUAUUUUUCUAACACAGUUACUAGAGGAAAAACUGUCUGAAGCUGUAUGUCUGUAUUAUCAGCAUCAUGGACCUUUACUUUGUUUUAAUACUGAGCCAACGUCCAACUCAGGCGAUAAAGUUACUACAUCUUGCAAGAGGCGACCUGGUGGCUGCCAGUAUUUCCUGUCAACUUCAUCACCCAAGCGUGGCACUAUCAUACAAACAGUGAUGUACAAUAUCAGAACUGAAAGGAAGACUGAGCUUGGUGAUCUUGGUCAGUUUCCUGAAGACCCUUCGUUCUAAAUCAUGUACAUGAAUGCUGUUUUAAGACCCAAAGGCGAACUGGAGGACGUACAUGUCAUUCCUAGAGCUGCAAUAAGUGUUUGGAAGUUACUGCACACACACAAUCUGCCCCAAGCCCAGGCCUUUCUCAGUUUCCUUUCUAGUAGAACAACUCUGUGACAACUCUGUGGGCCUUUUGCAGUUUAUCUAGGGACUUGAAUGGUGGUGAUCAUCACACAUUCAUUUCUUCCUAUUUGUUAUUUGAGUUACCACGGACAUUAAGCAUUUUAAUUUGUAGCAAUGUUUUUGAAUUUCUGGAAAAACCUCAAAUCACAUUUCACUUGCCUCAAAUGUUAAAGGGGAACUAUCGCCAAAGUCUUUUAAUAAAAUCCUUAGUUGUA